GGUUAACAUGACAUAUGAUCACAGUCUAACAGCUUCGUUAAAUCUCCAAAGAACCUUCGAGAACAAGAGUCCCUGGAUCAGGCCCCAGUAUCAUGCGUUGGAUUAUACCUUGGAAAGCUUCAACCGAGAAACUCAUACAAGAAACAAGGUUUUCAAUAGUUGUGUCAGAGACAUUUCCGUCUGAUCAUGGCUCUAAUAUAUAAAGCUGUCCGCACUGAUUCUGCACCUUCUACUCUUACAUCUACUUCCAUCUACAUCUACUUCUACAUCACAUCUACUUCUUAUCUACCAUUUAUUUCCACCUGCUACAGCGCUUCAAACGAUCAGCCACAUCGACGUUGCCUCAAGAUGCCGUUAUUACCCCCUCCCCGCACCAUAACACUGACACCUGAGAAUGGGAAUCCCAUUCUCGUCACACCUAGCACGUUCCAGCCAUACCUCAAAGAACCCCAUACUCUAUUUGGAAUGCUCCAUGAAACCCAACUGCGAGGGCAAUCUAUGAUUGACGACCUGGGAGAAGAGCUAGAAAAUGCCGUGGAAGAGCUAGACGAUGUCCUGGAAGAGCUAUAUGAGGCCCGGGAAGAGCUGCAGCACGCCCGGGCAUACCAGCAGGCCUUGGAAGACUUUCAGGUUGACCCAGAGGCAUUGAAUCGGUUUGCAGGCGCGGAAGAGAAUGACCCAUCGCCCAUGCCAGACUUUUCAAUGACCAGUCAACCAGGGAGCGAAUCUCUCGGAGAGAGACUGAGGUCGAAAAUAGCCCGUAUGGACGACAAAUUGGACACCAUGCUGACGACACAGCGUGCGAGUCAGAAUAACCCCUGGCCUAAGCAACAUGUCGACAUGGCUGUGGGUGAAAUAAUGUCGAUUUUGAGACAAUUCAUAGAUGCGAUCCCAAAGGCUAUUUCAGGGGCAGUGAAUGACGAGUUGAAGAAGUGUUUGGUACUCACCAAAUUGAUGCCAGAACACGCCGAUGUCCGCAGCGGAAUAGAUGACAUGCAGCUGAAGUUCCAGUUAUCGCCAGAUGAUGAGAUUUCAUAUAAACAAGCGAUGAAUGAGGCCCCAAGCUUCUCACAGCUGCCGUCCGAGGGGGUCAACGAAGAACCCGAAAUGGCCACGAAGCAGGCCGAGCCCGAGUCUGACCCUCUCGUGAAGGAAAGGGAGGACGCAUAUGAGGCCUUAGCGGAGGCCUUAAUGGAGCAGGCCAAAGAAAACGAGGCUAGAGACCGUGCUCGGAACGAACCCACCUAGAGAAACUUCUUGAUGAUAAUGGUUUACUUACAGUCUGUCUUGAUGGGAUGGUCCUGCACAACUGCGCAACAAUCAUCCAGCCAGUGAAUUUCGUACGGGGUGGUAAUCUGCGGCGUCCUUCUAAGUAGAGUUAUUUUAAUUGUGGGGGUUUUUUUUGCAACUUUUGCUACUAGAAUGGAGAGAUAUUUAAAGACAGUC